GUGAAAGGCCUUUUAUCUGUGAUUCUGAAGGUUGUGGCUGGUCUUUCACCAGCAUGUCCAAGCUACUAAGACAUAAAAGGAAACAUGAAGAUGACAGGAGGUUUACAUGUCCAGUAGAAGGCUGUGGGAAAUCCUUCACAAGAGCAGAACACUUGAAAGGCCACAGUAUAACUCACCUAGGCACAAAACCAUUUGAAUGUCCAGUGGAAGGUUGUUGUGCAAAAUUCUCUGCACGCAGCAGUUUGUAUAUUCACUCCAAGAAACAUCUUCAAGAUGUGGAUUCAUCAAAGACCCGUUGCCCAGUGUCCAGUUGUAAUAAAUUGUUCACUUCCAAGCACAGUAUGAAGACUCACAUGGUCAAACAGCACAACUUCAGUCCAGAUCUCUUAACCCAGCUUGAAGCAACCAGUUCCCUCACGCCUAGUAGUGAACUCACCAGUCCAGGACAAAGUGACCUCAGCAACAUAGACCUUGUGUCCCUUUUCUCCAAUGUGUCUGGUAACAAUUCUGGGAUUGCAACAGAUAUGGCUUUAGUAAACUCUGGAAUUGUCACCAUAGAUGUUGCUUCAGUAGGCUCUACGCUUGGUGGAAACCUUUCUGUCAAUAGCAAUUCCCUAGGUCAAACAGUUGACCCUUUGAUAUUGGUGGCGAGUAGUGAUAUUCCACAUAGCCUGGACAGUUCUCUCUUGAUGGGAACCACUGCUACAGUUUUACAGCAAAGUACUUCAAAUCUGGAUGAUGUACAGACUGUAAAUGCAGAAGCCUUAGGUUCGCUAGCAUCUUUAUCAGUGAAGAAUUCUAGUCAAGACCUACAUGGUUUGACAUCCAGCAAUAAUCUAACGAUAGACACUACCACUUUGACCCCUUCCAGCAGCCUUGGUGGAAGCAAUGGACCUGAGUUACUGACACCAACUAAAGCUGAACGAAACUUGCUUCCCAGCUCGGAUGUUGUUGGUCAACAGGAAGGCAGUAAAGUGGUGACACAGUUUGUGUUCUCCAACCCACCAGGAAGCUACAGUGCUCAGAAAGAAAUGGAUCUUAGCACAGUGACUUGCAGCUCAUUUUUGGAGAGCGGUGGAUCUGCAAGGACAGACUACAGAGCCAUUCAGCUAGCCAAGAAAAGAAAACAAAAAGGGAAUGGGAGCAGCACAGCAGCAUCAAAUUCUGGCCAGAGGAAAAGCAAAGGUGGUAAAGUGAGUCCUACCAACUUCUCAUCUACCAGUCAUGGGAAUCGAUUGUGUGGCAACAUUGUUUUGCCAAAUGGAGGCCUAACAAUAAGGGAUCCAGCAACUGGCGCACAGUAUGUGCAAAUUCAGCUACUUCAAGAUGAUCCCCCAGGAGAGGGAGACUUGCCCUUUCAGCUCAGCUCUCAGUCUUCCUCAUCACAUUCUCAACUUACAGUGGACUUACCUGUUCAUAUCCUUCAGGAACCACACAACUCCACAGAAGAUGAUGCAGGUUCUGAUAACUCUCAGUUCACCGGAAGCACAAUAAACUUACAGGACCUGGAAUGAUUGUUAGGAAUAUUAAUUUGAAAACAGAAUGGUGCAGUCAUAUCUUGACAAAGCAAAUAUAGCUGUGUUCCAGUUUCUCAAGGAAAAUAUGAAAAGUAGGAGUACAUGACUAUGAUCACACAUAGUGUCAGUUACAUGAAAAAAGAAUAAUAAUAAUAAAAAAAUCAGCAAAUCCUACUUACCAUGUCUAUGUAAGAUAUUCUUUCUGUCUUGUGGUCAAAGAUGCUGGGGCCGGACUUGCUGAAAUCCCAUUGUAGAAAAGUGCCAUAGCUAUUAAACGUCUAACCAGGGUAAUAAUUUUCCUGUUUUCACAAGAAAGCAAAUUUCACAGCUAAUGAACAAAUACAAACUUAACAUUUUUUGUGUAACUUUUUAAACUUUUCCUCCAUUAGGAAAGGUCUCCUGCUUGGCAUGGAUGAUAUGGAAUUGGGGGAGGAGGAGGAGGGAAUCCUGAAAUAUUUUUUUCCCAAACUUGUUUCAGCCAUCUUAUGUAUUGACAGCAAAUUGCAAUAAAAUAUUUUACAAGGCAUGGUAGGAAAGUAGGAUAGUGCCCAGAAAGCAGGGAGAAGAAAUGAAUUAAAAGUCCCUGGGAUAGCAAAAUAUAGAUUAAAUAUUAACUGUGAAUGAGUUUUGAUGCCUAUGUUGAGCUUCCCCCUCUCAUUCAUCCUGAAUAAUAUUUAGCUGAAUUCUUCCAGCAAGACUUGAAAAAAGAAAACUUCGUUAGAGAACUAUAUUCUCCAUAAACAAUUAGCUAAUGUUCCAACAGCAUUUGACAAGUUAGGUCUGUCUUAACCGUCCCUAUUUUGGUGAAAUGUUUGACAGCCACUUAAUUCAAAGCACCUUCAUUAUGUUUUUAUACUACAAAAAGUGUUCCCAAGUUACUCAUAACUAGCCACUAUCUUUUAGAAUUAUAUAUUCUGAUACCACUUGAUCUUCAUUAAAAUGUAGAAUAUCUAGUGAGCAUAGUGUCCAGCUGGCCGACUGAUUAUCCAGUCGUCAGAGUUUUUUAGAGGGAGAGGAAAAGUAUUGUUAACUAGGAAGAAUUGCCUCAUUUGAAAAAUUGCAGUUUCUAGAAGAAUAGCUGUAUGUACUGUACUGAACUGAAUUGAAUAAGCCUGAAUAAGCAUAGGGUUGUGUAAAUUCUCAAUGGAAAAAACAAAACACCUUUUGGUUAUUAAAUUUUAAGGUAGUAAUUUAAAUGUUUUAUGGUGAUGUCCUGAAUGCCUAUAAAAUUACGUAUAGGACUUUGAUAAAGGGGGGUAUGUGGGGGUUUUUUUUCCUCAAUGAGUUGUGUGUAUGCACGUAUGUGUAUAUAUUUUUUACAGAAUAAGAUGUCAUGCAGAAGAACAUUGCGAUCUUCCUAAUAUUGCACAUAUUUAUUUAUUUAGUUAUACUGUUGUUGAAUUCACCUGAGGUUGUUCAGAAAUGCUUUUACUUCCUGUGCCUUUUGAACUAUGUAUAUGUCCAGAUAAAUACUUUUUGGUUUCUGAGUCUUGAAAGCAGUAUACAGGCUAUUUUCACUUCAAACUCUGAUUUGCAGGCAGUAUUUUAUCCUCUGAACGAACAUUGUUUUUCUGUCUGUGGUGGCUAAACAAUUUGAGCAUUGGAUAUGCCUGUGCUCAUGCCCAAGGGAUCUCUAGCCUGCCUCAGAUGAGGUCUCCAAGCCAGAGUGAGUCAGUGAGGAGAUUUCACCCACUUGUUGUGGGGACUGCUGUUUUGUUUGAUCAUGGAGUCCAAUGUGGAAAGGUUAAAGGGGCUUGUGAGUCAUCUGCAGGAGCACAGCACUGUUGAACAGACUACUGGGUCUUGCUUUAGAGCAGUCGCUAAUGCUGUCCCUGAAAGCUGUCACCCUGAAUGCCAAACUCCUCAUGGAACCAUACCAGUUGUUCUUAAAUUAAGAAAAUGGCAAAGAAACCUAAUUUCUUUCUAUGGGAUUUAAAACUGCAUCUGUUUCUACUUCUGAAAAUGUACCUCACUUGGCUUUGUAUAUGAAUGUAAAUUGCUAACUGCUUGGGGCCGAGACUCCGGUUAAUCGGCUUGAAGUCCAUUGCUGGCAAUGGACAGCUGAAGAACUGCUGGUGCAAAAGGAUUAAUAAAGCUUUUUUUAUGGUCA